AUGACAACCGACGGUCUCUCAGCGGCAAAGCUCGCCAUCUACCUCGUUCUUCUCCAACCAGCUCUCUUCUGUCUAUGGAAGCACGGAAAAACUGGAUUCCUGGGCUGGCUCUUUGUCCAAUUGUUCUGCGUCCUCCGCAUCGCCACUGGCGGCAUUGGUCUUCACGGAAACCAGAAGGGCGAGGCAGCUGUGAUUCUCAACAGCAUAGGCCUCUCGCCUUUGCUUCUUGCAAUCUCAGGCAUCUUACACGAAGCUCGACGAGCGGUGAAUCCUCGUCUCAAUCGAAGACUUGACAUACUGCUGGAAGUCAAGUACCAUGCCCUAGUCCAAUUGGGAAUGAUCUUAAUCAUUUUGGCCCUCGUAAAACUUAUGAAUGGCGAUCCGGUGUCGAAAAGCAAGACUUUGCUCAAUAUUGGCUCGGCCCUUUCUUGCAUCGCCUGGGGCCUUUUAACGCUGUGGGCAGUGUGGUCGAAUUAUAUGGUUCGCGAGUAUUCUUCAUAUUCCAGCAUGCAGACUGUCGACAAUGGUAAAAUUCUGCUCAAGGGAGUCUUUAUCGCACUCCCCUUUGUUGGAAUCCGCCUCGUUUACGGUGUUGUGUUUCUCCAUUUGCAAACAACACAUCCGGACUCUGGAUUUCUCACGUCCAAGGCUGUUCAGAUUUGUUUGAGCUUCAUACCCGAGCUGAUAUGCAUCAACAGUCUUAUCGUGGUUGGUGUCAUCACUCGCUCGCUACGACCAGACUUGAAGAAACGGGACGAGGAGGCAGUCAGACUGGUAUCUGGUCAGGAGAAUGAGCUUCAACAGAACACUGAAUACAAGUGA